GGGGCGCUGUUUGUUUCCGGUGAUGCGGCGCGUGGCGUCUUGCCGCCGUCUGCGUCACGCCCCUCUCACGGACAAAAUGGUGGAAACACCGCGUUUGUUUUUAUGUUUGAGUGCAGUAGACAUUAAUAAUCAUUAAUAAGUUUGCUAACGUAAAUCAGAGCGUGCAUGUAAACGCAGACACUACGCUGUGUGGAGUGAGCCUGCGUUGAAGGAUGGAUGAGGAAGGCUCCAGCGCUGCGGCGAUGACCAGGUCCUGGGGCUUCCGCCGGAGCACCCUCGCCAGGCGGGAGUUCAUGCAAGCCGUAGGCUCUGUGGACAGCAGCCCUCCGAUCCAGCGCCGUCGGGGCCGGGGCAGAGGGGCUGACGAGAGCGGCCGGACUCCUGUGGCCUCUAAACGGGGUCGAGGACGCGCGCCUGCGCUCACUCCUGCAGGUGAUCGCAGCAGUGAGAAUGAAGCUCGGGAAACAGUGCCGUGUGAGGAGCGCCUCAGUGAAGGAGUCCCGUCGGAUCGAGCUGAAGACAGUGACGAUCUCAAUCUCCAAGAGAUUCGGAAGCGGGCUGUGGCUCGAAAGCUGCAAGAGCUCAAGCAUGACGAUGAUGCUGCUGCGAAAGGCACAGAAGAUAUCGACGUAGGGCUGAGCUUACUGAUGGAACCGGCAGAGAUAGUGUCAGAAGACACGGAUAUCACAUCAGGAGGAGGAAAGGUGUGCUCCUCCACAGCCACAGGGGCAGGUGGGACUUCUGUCGCUGCAGCAGGAGCUCGGGAAGCCACUGCAGGUGGAAGAGCAGAGGAAGACCAUGAGCUUGCAGAGGAAGAACAGGAGGAAUUCUCUGAAAAUAGCAAGGAAGACACUGAAAGGAUGAAUCCGGAUGCUGUCUGCUGCACAUGUCAACAAGGACACAGUAACAGGUUGAUGAUAUGCUGUGACUGUGUCGGCGUCGCAGAGACUUGCGCUCAUCUCCUGCAGAGAAACAGAGAAUAUGCUUGUCCCUCAUGCUCUGAUGACUGGGACGCCACAAGAACCAACGGUCCCAGCGAAAAACACGAAAUCGACUCAACUUGCGUGGUGGAGAUUGAGCAGCCAGUGGAGGAGGAGAUUAAGGCAGAGGAGAAGGCGGCAUUACCUAAAUGCAUUGGUCCAGGCUGCAGUAAUGACUCUCUGCCCGAGUCAGUGUACUGCGGUCAUCAGUGUAUUGUGCGGCAUGCAGCAGCGGCCAUGAAGUCUCUCUCUGAACCCAAAAUUGAGACAAAGCCUGCUGACCCACCUCUCAAGAGCGAGAAACGAUCAUUUCUUGCAAAGCUUUUCAAGGUGAAGAUCAGUAAGACGCCGGCACAGGAAGAGCGUGUGAGCAAGCAAGAACUGGAUGAAGAGUCACUGUGCUCCGCUACAGUCAUUGAGCCUGUACAAUCAGCCACACCAUCCAGUCCUGCUCCAGAGUACAAACCCACCGUUAAAGAGAAAGAUGAAGUUGAGUGCAGUACCAGCCAACCUUCAGAUUUGACUCCAGACGUUUCCUCUUCUGAAAAAACUCCUGCAGCCCCACUAAUUAAGAAGUCCACUCCAGGAAGAGCAAAGAAAACCAUGCCAGGCUCUCCACGACUGGAGCUUCUUAAAGGGGCUCUCAGUAAAAGCCCUUUGUCUAUCCCUAAAAAGCCCUGUGAAUCCAAGGCACCCGUUGAGUCCAGCAAAGCCGCAGAAGUGGUUCCCUGCGGCCCCUGGGCAGAGGAGCCCGCUGUGGCCCCUCACGCCAGUCCUCUCCUGAUGAGACAAAGCAUUCGCCGCUCGCUGAGUACAGUUCUCUGCAGCAGGUUCAGUCAGAGUAAUGAUUUGAAGAUUUCUGAGAGUGAAAUUGAAAAGAUGGCUGUGGACAUGGAGAAAGAGAUGUUCAACAUGUGUUACACAACAGAUGAGGAGUAUAAGAAUAAAUACCAGUAUCUCGUCCUCACCUUGAAAGAGCCCCAAAACAAGGAACUGUGUCAUCAGGUUUUGAAAGGAAACAUGCCUUCAGUGAAGCUCAUUCAGUUGAGUCAGCAGGAGGAAUCUGCUGCUGAUCCACUGCUGCAGAUCUCAAUGAAGAAGGAAUCGUCCCUUUUUUCUGAGGAUGUGGAAGAACCGGCUGCUCCUCCUGAGAAAGUGAUGAGCGUAGACACCACAACGUCCCCGAGCGCAACCACUCCUUCAGAGGAGAAAUCGUCUCUGAAGCUGCCUCAGGCGAAGGAAAUAAGCUUAGGUGCUCCAGAUGUGACCAGCUGCAUGCUGAAAGACACUACAGCAGAACAUAAGCGCCAUCUCUUUGACCUUAAUUGCAGGAUAUGUACAGGCCAAGUAUCCACUGAUGAUCCUGAAACCAAGAAACCCAAGAUGACAAUGACAAAAGAUGAGACGGAAAAGGAGAAAUCUUCAGGGGUUGUUCACGUGAUCGUCUUUAAGUAUGCUGUAUAUGGAGGGGGUGUGAAUGUGGACUUACCAGACACUAUACACAUAGGAGGAAGGAUAUUACCUCAAACUGUGUGGGAAUAUGUUGAUUUGAUAAAGACAUCAGAGGCAAAGGAGCUGUCAUUAAUCCGGUUCCAUCCAUCAUCUGAAGAGGAAGAGGUUGCAUAUGUCUCUCUGUUUUCAUAUUUCAACAGUCGUAGGAGAUUCGGGGUUGUUUCUAAUAUUUGUAAACACAUCAAAGAUCUUUACCUCAUUCCUCUGAGUACAAAGCAGUCCAUCCCUGCGGUGCUUCUUCCCAUAGAGGGGCCAGGGCUUGAACAGAAUCACCCUAAUCUCCUAAUAGGGCUAGCAGUCUGUCAAAAGCCGAAGCGUCCCGAGGGAUUGCCACAAGAUGUUGGUGAAAAGAAUUCUAGGUCCUUGAUGUGUUCAGAUGGGAAGGGAACCAGCAAUCCUACCUCACUAAAUGAUCCUGGACAACAUAGCAUAAAGGCUUGUGAUGCUGACAUCUUCCUCGACUCAAAUCCUGCUGGAUCCUUACCUUCAGUUGGGUUACCAGACCCGUCAUGCUCUGCCAGCUCUCUAUGUGCCCCAUCUUCUCUCCCCAGCGUGUCAAAUCCCACCCCAUCUGUCACUGUGGGCCCAUCCAAAGACUCCACCAGUACCACCCCACUUCAGACCAUCCUUAACACAUUAUUUGGGCAAAAGAAACAACCCUCAGAUGUCUCAGAGUGUAAGAUAAGCUCAUUAACAGAUACGGUUCAGAUUUGUCAACAGACUUGCAAAGAUGAUGAUGCAAUGAUAUUGGGUGAUGACAGGCCUUACGAUCCUGAGGAGUAUGAUCCGGCAUGCUCUAAUGGGGCCAUGGGUUCUUUCAGUCCAAUUUUGGAACCUAAAGGUCCAUCUGCAGUGGCUGAUGAUGAUGAUGAUGAUAGACCAUACGACCCUGAGGAAGAGUAUAGUGCAGUUGGUGAUACUGUCAGAAAUAAUACACCGAAAGCAUCAGAGGCUAAACACAUGGAAGAGACCUCUACAGUUACCAGUGAUAUAGCUUAUGAUCCAGAGGACGAGACGAUGUUUGAGGAGAUGCAAAAUUACCUCACAAGUAAUGCUAUACCUCACAAAUCCACCUUCUGUAAAAAUAACAUGUCACAUUACAAGGAUAACACCUCAGUUACAACAUUCUCUGAGCAGCAAAAAAUCCUAGAAGAGCUGAAUAGGCAGAUAGAGGACCAGAAAAGACAGUUAGAAGAACAGACAGAAACUCUACGCCUACAGAAGGAAGCAAUUGGUGUUUCCAUGGCCCAUUUCUCUGUUUCUAAAGCUCUGAUGUCACCAACACACUUUGAUGAAGAGGAAAGCAUAGAAAACAUACCCUACUGUCAGAUAAUUCAUCAGAAUAGGGAUCCACGGAUCUGUCGAAACACAAGCCAGGAUAUGCCAUUGGAUGAUACUGAAUGUGAGGCUAUAGAUAAAGAAAGUGCAGAGAAAUUAUUAAACACGGAGGAAGCCACGAAUGUAGUCCUGAACAAAUCUUUUACCACAAAGAAAGAGAAAUUAGCUUCUGAUAAAGCAAUGCCCAAAGAAGGAUCACCAGACACUAAAAGUGCACAACUAAAGAACACUAAAUGCUCACACUCAGAGUACACCCACAAAAAUCAAGACAGUAGGUCCACACUGAGCACAUAUAGGUCAUCGAGGAGGAGGUCAUGGCACGAACACAGGUCACACCAUCAAGACGGGGCGUCUUCAAGAGCAUCGCGUACAGUUAGAUCCUCAAAGGACGUCUCAGACAAACACCAUCGAAGUAAACACUCUGCAGGGCAUCUCUCUAGAGGAUGUUACAGUGACAAAAAAGGAGUGACAACAUCAAGGAAAAGGCAUUAUCACCAUCACAGAGACUCAUCUUCACCCCCACGGUAUCAGAUGAGGCGUCAUUAUUCCCCCGUCUCGCACUCAAGCCGGAGAGACAAAUCUUCACAUGAUGAUAGUGACCAGUCACGCAAAACUGACCUGUCAGAGUAUAGCACUAAAUCUUCACAACAUGAAUCUGGCCAGGUGCCAGACAGUGAUAGCAUUCAAUCUGCGUACACAUCAGGACAGAGUGUUAAAGUGGAGGGGGACACACAACCCCAACCAGUAAAUCUCAUAUGCCUCAUCUUGCUAAUCCAAGUGGUUAUGCACAAGAUAUUUGUGAGCUACAUAGCCCUGACUGCCACCAAACAUUUGCAGAGGAUGCAGAAGACAGAAUACGCACAGGUUUUUCAAGACAGGCUGCAUCACACUCUCAGGACACAGCACACGGGGCAACGCAUAGCCGGUUUGAAGGACAGCAGUAUACUGAAAUCAAGGGUCAACUAA